GGUCCCCUGGCGGCACUUCGGCCGGAAGAACGUCGGCUUCCUGUACGCCAUAGCGCACGGAGCGCGGGUUAUCUACGACACGGACGACGAUAACCGCUUGAAGGCACUGGAGAUUCCGAUCGCCGGCCUCAACGCGUCCAGCGUGGAACCGCUGCAGGGUGUUCCUUUGAAGGCCGCCAUCCCGGUGGUGGAGCCAGGGCCGGGCAGGACACUCCUGAACCCGUACCCGUUCUUCAGGCCGACCUGCGGACACCUGUGGCCCCGGGGGUACCCUCUCGACCAGGUGCGGAACCGCGCGGACGAGAACCUCACGCUCUCGGCGGUGACCCUGGCGCGCCCUCCGGCCGUGCAGCAGUACCUCGCGGACGAGGACCCCGACGUGGAUGCGAUCUUCCGCCUCACGAGGCCCUUGCCCUGCUUCUUCCAGGGCUUGCCCGAGGGGGUGCCAAAGCUGCUGGCGGUGCCGCCGCAGCUGUUCCUGCCGUACAACGCGCAGGCGACGGUCCACCUCUACGACGGGUUCUGGGGACUGCUGCUGCCCGUCACGGUGCACGGGCGCGUCUCGGACAUCUGGCGCGCCUACCUGGCGCAGCGGCUGCUGUGGGACGUGGGCCAGGUGGUCUCCUUCCAGGAGGCACACGUCGUGCACGACAGGGUCGCGCACGACUACCUGAAGGACUUCCAAAGCGAGCAGGACCUGUACCUGAAGGCGGCCGCGCUGGUCGCCUUCCUGUCGCAGUGGGCGAGCGACGCCCCGACGCUGGUGGAGCGGAUAGAGCAGCUGUGGAC